UCUAAAUUCCAACAAAACAAACACUCAAGUAAACUGACACCAAACACUCAUCAAUGGCGUCUUGUAAUUGCAUGAUGAUCCUCUCUCGCUCUUACCUCACCGCUCUCUCUCCUGCUCAUUCUUUUUCGUCUUCUUCUCUGGUUUCCUUCAACCCUUUCUCUCGCAUUGAACCGCUCCAUUUCAGGCCCAGGAGAGGUCAUCCUGCAUCGAAGCCGCCAUUGUCGGUGUCUGCUUCCUGUUCUCUGGAAGCCCUUAUAUUCGACUGCGACGGCGUGAUAUUGGAGUCAAAGCACUUGCACCGCCAAGCUUACAACGACGCCUUUUCCCAUUUCAAUGUUCUUUGCUCUCCUUCCUCGGGCCCUCUCUACUGGGACUCCGAUUUCUACGAUGUGCUCCAGAAUCGAAUCGGCGGCGGCAAACCCAAGAUGCGAUGGUACUUUAAAGAGCACGGUUGGCCGUCUUCAACAAUUUUCAGUGAACCUCCUGAAAAUGAUGCAGACAGGGCCAAGUUAAUUGACACUCUUCAGGAUUGGAAAACGGAAAGGUACAAAGAAAUAAUAAAAUCUGGAACUGUGGAACCAAGGCCAGGAGUUUUGAGGUUGAUGGAUGAGGCGAAGGCUGCUGGGAAAAAACUAGCUGUUUGCUCGGCAGCAACCAAGAGUUCAGUUAUAUUAUGCCUUGAAAAUCUUAUAGGAAUGGACCGCUUUCAAAGUCUUGAUUGCUUCCUUGCAGGCGAUGAUGUGAAGGAAAAGAAGCCUGAUCCUUUGAUAUAUCUAACAGCUGCUGAGAAACUAGGUGUGUCGGGGAAGGAUUGUUUAGUGGUGGAGGACAGUGUUAUUGGGUUACAGGCAGCAACUCAGGCUGGAAUGUCGUGCGUGAUUACGUACACAUCUUCAACUGCUGACCAGGACUUCAAAGAUGCUAUAGCAAUCUAUCCGGAUCUAACUGACGUGAGAUUGAAAGACUUGGAGACGUUGCUUCAAAGCGCUGUUACUGCCUGAAUUCAUAGCAGGUGUUGUAAAGUUUGGUUGGCUAAUUGAAUGUUGAUUAAAUGUAAUAUAUUUUUAAACAAUUAAUUUAUAUUUUGAAAGAGGGGAAGAUAUGAGAGAGCAUAUCUAAAUUUAUUAAA